AUCUCGACGGACAAGGGCACGAUCCUCAAGUCCAUCGGGGACAAGGGCCCGCUGCACCUUGAGCCAGCGCAUCAGCCGUACCCGACCAAGGAGUCGCUACAGCCGAAGCGGUACCAGGCCCUCAUCGGCACGACAUACGUUUACGACUUCCCGGGCCUGUUCUCGAAGGCGCUCACCAACGUAUGGGUCAAGGCACGUGCCUCCGAUGCGUCGCUGGUCAUGCCCAAAGAGUGCCUGACAUCCAAGGAGCUCGUUCUGGACGAGAACGACCAGCUGACCGAGGUCGACCGGGCCCCAGGCAACAACACGUCGGGCAUGGUCGCGUGGGUGUUCACGUUGUUCACUCCCGAGUUCCGCCAGGGCCGGAAGGUCGUCGUCGUCGCGAACGACAUCACGUUCAAGAUUGGCUCGUUCGGGCCGACCGAGGACCAGUUCUUCUACCAGGUCACCCAGUACGCGCGAAACCUCGGCCUUCCGCGGAUCUAUCUCUCGGCGAACUCUGGAGCGCGCAUUGGCCUGGCCGAGGAGGCGCUGCCGCUGUUCUCGGUAGCGUGGAACGACGACGGACACCCUGAGAAGGGCAUCAAGUACCUCUACCUCACGCGCGAAAACUUUCUUAAGCUCGAGGAGAAGGGCGGCGACUCGGUGCGCACGGUCGAGAUCGACGUCGACGGCGAGAAACGCCACCAGAUCACCGACGUCAUCGGGCUGCAGGACGGGCUCGGUGUCGAGUCCCUCCGGGGCUCAGGGCUCAUCGCCGGCGAGACGUCGCGGGCCUAUGACGACAUCUUCACGAUCACCCUCGUGACCGCGCGCUCCGUGGGAAUUGGUGCGUACCUUGUGCGCUUGGGCGAACGAGCGGUGCAGGUCGAGGGCCAGCCUAUCAUCCUGACGGGUGCGCCUGCGCUCAACAAGGUGCUCGGGCGGGAGGUGUACACGUCGAACCUGCAGCUCGGUGGGACGCAGAUCAUGUUCAAGAACGGCGUGUCGCAUCUGACGGCGGCCAGCGACCUGCAGGGUGCGACACACAUCCUCGACUGGCUGUCGUAUGUGCCCGAGGUCAAGAACGGCCCGCUGCCGGUCCGAGAGUCAGGCGACAGCUGGGACCGCGAGAUCGGGUACAUGCCGCCCAAGGGCGCGUACGACCCCCGCUGGUUCAUCGAGGGCAAGAUGGAGGAGGAGCAGUGGCAGUCCGGGUUCUUCGACAAGGGCUCGUUCCAGGAGACGCUCAGUGGCUGGGCACAGACUGUCGUCGUCGGCCGCGCCCGUCUCGGGGGCAUCCCGAUGGGUGUGAUCGCUGUCGAGACCCGGACGAUCGAGCGCGUGGUCCCGGCCGAUCCGGCGAACGCCGCGUCCUUCGAGCAGCACAUUAUGGAGGCCGGGCAGGUGUGGUACCCGAACUCGGCGUACAAGACCGCGCAGGCCAUCUUCGACUUCAACCGCGAGGGGCUGCCGCUGAUCAUCUUUGCGAACUGGCGUGGGUUCUCCGGCGGGCAGCAGGACAUGUACGACGAGAUCCUCAAGCAGGGCUCCAAGAUCGUCGACGGGCUGUCGAGCUACAAGCAGCCUGUGUUUGUGUAUAUUGUGCCCAACGGCGAGCUGCGUGGCGGUGCCUGGGUCGUGCUCGACCCGUCGAUCAAUCCGGAGCAGAUGGAGAUGUAUGCCGACGUCGAUGCGCGUGCGGGUGUGCUCGAGCCGGAGGGCAUCGUCGAGAUCAAGAUGCGCAAGGACAAGCUCGUCAAGCUCAUGGAGCGUCUCGACUCGACGUACGCGCAGCUCAAACGGGACAGCAGCGAUGCAUCGAAGACUCCUGACGAGCGGGCCUCAGCCUCGAUUGAUCUCGCGGCACGAGAGACUCUGCUGCAGCCGACAUACCAGCAGAUUGCACUGCUCUACGCCGAUCUACAUGACCGAACGGGCCGCAUGGAAGCCAAAGGCUGCGCCAAGCCAGCCAGCUGGAAAGAGGCGCGCCGGCACUUCUACUGGGCGUUCCGCGCCAAGAUCGCGCAGUCGGCAGCGCUGGCGCAGAUCGCCGCCGCGAGCCCGGGGACGUCGUUUGACUACCGUCUGCGGCUGCUGCGUUCGCUGGCGUCGAUCGAGGCCAACGCCGCGCCCCGCGCCGUCUGCGAACAACUCGAAAAGCUAGACCUCGCGCAGACUGUGGCGCAGCUGCGGAGCGAGCAUCUGAUGCGCAACUUGCUUGACCUGACGAAGGACGACCGUAAGGCGGCGAUGGACGGCCUGCUGCGGUUCGCCGACAACUUGUCCGAGGAGGAACGCACGUCCCUGAUUGGUGUCCUGCAAAGCGCCGCUCGGCCUGCGGCCCCUCCCUCCUACGUGUAAAAUGAAACAUGUUGUCGCACUGCAUUCAUAUAUUGUAUAUUACAUGGCAUAGAAUAUUAUCAUCAACAAUCUUGAAUCACACCGGACUGAGC